CCUACUUUGCUGAUCUCUGAUCCCUCAUCUCAUCUCUUCUUCUUCUACUCUCUAGUCUUCUACUUUUCCUUUAUUACAAACAAUUAUAAAAACCCAUCUCUCUCUUCCCUUCUCUUCUCUCUCUCUCUCUCUCUCUUUCUCUCUGUUUUGGGGCUGUGGAUCCAACAUAUCCAAGCUCUAGAUCUUCUGUGCAGCCCCAUUGGGUCUCUCAAUACUCAUACACCUACAAUUCUUAACAUGGCUCCACUCUUCAACUUGAGUUUCAAGAAGGUGCUUCUGCUUUAUCUUGUUCUUAUUCUUUUUACUUCUCUUCUUCUUUGUGCCUCCUCAGAUCCUUCUCAGCUUGAAAGCAAAAAGUUUCUUGCUAGAAGAAGAAUGUUAGAUGUGGAAAAAGAUCAAGAUCAGCUGCCCAAGAAAAAAAGCACCAUUUCUUCCACCAAGAACCAAACCAAGCUAAUCAAACCCAAACUCUCUUCUUCCAAAAACCAAACCAAGCUCUUUAACACUAGCUCAUCUACCAAGAACCAAACCAAAAUUGCAAAAUCUGCAAAUUCAACAAAAGCUGCUUCUUAUACUUUAUCCAAAGCUGAGCUUAAGAAGCUCAAUUCCACAUCAAAAGCUCACAAUUCUACCAAAAACACUUCUGGGUUCACCACAAAAACCUCAAAUCUACUCAAAUUAAGCUCACCCAAGAACAAAACAUCCAAACCCAUUUCAAAAAAAGAAUCUCAAGCCCUUGUGAGUGAUUCUGAAUCCCAACAACAAACCAAGAAACCAUUAAAAACCUCAGAGAAAAAACCCAAUAACGAGAAGAAGACCACCAACCAGCAGGCAAAAAAACAACCCAGUUGGAUUGAUCAAGGAUUGGAGGAUGAUUUGGUCACUGAGUUCAGAGAUCUACCAUCAAAAUUUCAACAAUCUCUCUUGCCAGACAUUGAGAAGAUCUCAAUAACUUCCAAAAAAUACCUCACAAAAGCCAAUAAAGAAAUGGCGAAAGGGUUCAAGCCCAUUGUUGGAAACAGAUACGCUUCCAUCACUGCCUCCGCAGUCUCUUUUGCUUUCAUUCUAAUCCCUCUGCUUCUAGUUUCUCUAAUCUUCAACCGCAUCAAAGCUUAUUUCUCUAUCCAAAAGAUCGUCAUCUUCAUUCAAGUUUAUCUCUCGAUUUACUUCUCUAUUCUGUGUCUCUCUUCUAUAGUCACUGGGCUGGAGCCCUUGAGGUUUUUCUACGCUACUUCGCAGUCCACGUACGUCUGCUUAAUGUUCCUGCAAACGCUCGGCUACAUAUUGUAUCUCUUGUUGCUGUUGAUGUACUUGAUUCUGGUGUUUUCUACUGAAUCUGGGCUGGGCUCUAAGUUUUUGGGCCUGGGCCAGACCUUCGUCGGCUUUGCUAUUGGGCUACAUUUCUACGUGGCGGUGUUCCAUAGGGUGGUCUCGCACCAGCCACCUAAGACUACUUGGAAGGUUCAUGGGAUUUAUGCCACGUGUUUUCUUGUUAUUUGUCUGUUGGUUAAAUUUGACAGGAGAAAGAAGGCUUACUUGGAAGAUGGCGGUGAGGAAGGCAAGAUGAAUUAAUUGUUUUUGUUUUAUAUAAGGAAAUGCAAUUAAUACCCUUUUUAUUUAAUUUUUAAUAUUUGGGGUAGUUAUUAUAGUGCUAUUGGCCAAGGAAAAAUUGUGAUAUUCUCGAGUAAAAAAUUUUUCAAGUGUAUUAAACUUUAUAUUAUCUUUAUUUAU